AUGGUUCCUAAUGAUGAAGAAAAAGUUGUUUUCCAUGUGUAUAGUUGUCCGAAGGAUGCAACUGAUGAUGCUGAGGAGUUUCCACUUGUAGCUCGUAUUCCAGAUAUAAUGCUCAAACGAGUCAAUCCUAGGAACACAGUCUUAUUAACUCACUUGAAAACAAUUGAUAUAACUAUUGAAAAUGGAAUUCUUUUGGAAAGAGAAGAGACAAAGUCUAAAUGUACGAAGAAGACUGAUGUUGGUUCUUCUGAGAAACAAGUCAAAGAGUCUAAAUCUACGAAGGUUCCGAAGAAGUUACCAGUUACUGAAGUAGAGCCAACAAUACCCGAAGUUAUAGUUAUUGAUACACCCAUAACUCAAAAAGAGAUUAUUCCUUUGAAGACCGGUGUCUUUCGAAGAAUCAAAAUGAAAUCCAAACACAAGAGCCGAUCUCUACUCACGAAUGUUGUCCGAAAGCCACAGAUUACUCAUCAAGGACUUCUAUUUCAUGAAGUUCCAGCACAUGCUUCACCAUCGUCAAAGAGACGAAGAGCUACUGAUAUGGCUAAACACAUUUCCAAGAAGAAAAAGAAGAAAAGCAAGAUGAUUAUUUCUUCUGAGUCCACAGCUGAUGAUGAUGAGACAAUUCCAGAAACUCCUGAGGUCAAUCUUCACAAAGAAACUUCUACUCCUGCACAUACAUAUAUUAUACCACCCGAAGAUUCGGUUGCCAAGUCAUUAUCUAAGGAGGCCCAAACUUCAGACAUUAUUGUAAACGUAUCUAAUACGGAUGCAAAUGUCAUCAUGGGUGAGGAUGAUUCAAAGAACGAAACCCAAGGUAAACCUUCGACUGUUACCUCAGAAACCUUUGUUUCUUUUCCUCCACAAAUCACACCUAUCAUACCCACUACUUCCACCACUAAUUCUCCUACUUUCGAAAACAUUAUCAAACAACCAAUUACUUCUCUUUCUCUUCACAAUCCACUAAUCCACCUACAACCACUUCACCAAUUCAAGAGUUUAUUUGGUUUUUAUCCGUAUUUAGGUCAAACAAGUUCAAUGGUUAAAUGUGAAUGA